UUUUUAAAAAAUAUUUUUGUUUAUUCAAAAUUAAUUGUCAACACUGCAAGAUUUAGCAUUCUGCAAGGAUAUCCUGUCCGUCUUUGAACCUGCCCAUCUCUAGACCACAUUUCUCGAACGUGGUCACGCAACUCGUUUUUCCCAUUUGCGAAUUAAAAUUAGGAAUUAAAUUAAAAACCACUAAAUUACAAAAUUUACAUUUUUUGUUUUACCAUUGUAGGGAGACGAACGUACAAGAGCUUCAAUUUACCGGCUGCGCUGCACCUGGGCUGACGUUUUCACAAAAUCUAAACUUUACAUGAUCGACACAAAAAUUCAUUCUGUGGAUAGGGCUUGGCCUAUAAUGAAUCCAGAUUUGAAAAUUGAAGUGUCAUCACAACAACAACAACAACAAACAUCAGGGCAACAACAAGGAGGGGGACAUGUAGUACAUGUUAACCCUAAAUUUCUCAAUGGAAAGCAGCCAACAGGUGUUAAACAAGAAAAUAAACAACAAGACAAACAACCAGAAAAAAUACAAGAAAAAAAGAAAAUACAGCCCGACAUUAAUGCUAACAAAACAGUUACUAAUCAAAUUGUAAAAACCGAAGAGGUUGAUCCUGACAAAAAUGUUCGUCAACGCAAAAUUCCUAAAAAGGCGAAAGAAAACAAUACAAAUACAACAAAUAAGACGACAACCACAACUAGUACAAAAACAAUUAAAGAGAGUGGGGUUGUAAAAUCCAAAGAGAGCACUAAUGUUAAGAAACCGGAGUCACUCCUCUCGUUGAAACUUGAAUGUCCACCUCAACAACCUUCACAACAACAAUCAUCGCAACAUAAAGGAGGAGGGCCUCCAACCAAGCGCCCUAGAACAACCACAACUGCUCAACAUAUCAGCAGUAAUGUUAGUAAUAAAUCAACUCAACGGUCUGUCAAGCCUCAACAACCUCGAGUUUCUAAACAAAAUGUUCCUGAGCCUUCCAGGGCUCUGGGCGCACAUGCAUUUAACGUGGUUAUGACUUCUCAACCCCAACCUACACCUUCAUUACAACCACAAAUUCCACCACAACAAUUAGUACAACAACCGCUUCAACAACCCCAACCAACACAACAACAACCCCAAAUAAUUCCACCACCCCAACUUCAACACCAACAACAAUUUCCUCCACCACAAAUACCAACAUCUUCUAUUACUGACCAACAACCACAAUUAUUAAUGAUUCCACAAGUUUCCACUGCCCCUCCAACAAAUUUGCAACAACCGCCACCGUUUAUCAAGGAAAUUCCUCCACCUCAAAUAACAACAAUGACUGGAAUUCCUCAACAUAACUUUCCUCCUCCUAUUCCAAAUAUUCAACAUAACAUCCAAAAUGUUACCCCGCGUUUACCUGGUGUUCCGGAAAACAAUCGUAUUUUUGUUGAUGGAAAGGCUUAUGAGGUAUUUUAUCUCGACCAAAUAGCAGUCAUUGAACGGAAUGGUCUUCCACACCGUGUCUCAUUUGCUGGUCCAGCUCGUAAUGUAAUAAUUGAUAAAACAGCAUAUUGUAUGUCUUUUGGAGAGCCAAUACAAGUUUCAAUUGAUGACCAACUUCAUAUUUUACGUUUUGGCGGUCCUUCACGUGAACUUUAUAUGGGUAACUUUCCCUUCAAAGGGGCAUUUGGUGGUCCACCAAUUAAUGCAACUAUUAACGGAAGGAGGCAUGAAAUUCGUCUUUGUGGCCCUCCUCCAGAAGUUAGAAUUGACCCAGAACCGAGUUAUGAAUUAAUGAGAUAUAUGCCUGCAAUUAGACAACAACAAAUAAUACCUCAACAAAAGCAAAUACCCCAACAACCCAAAGUGGAAGCAAAGAAAGAUCCAGUACUCGAUGUUACCAGUUUACUCCAACGAUUAAAAAAUUCGGGUAUUCUCUCCCAACUUAAUCAAGUUGAACGAAAAAAUCAUGAAAGACAAGCGGCUAUCGAAGCAAGAAAUACAACUUUGGGUCGUUCAAAUUCUCCUCCAGUGCCUUGUGCCCAUCGUUUUGAACAUUUGGAAAGGAGAGCGAUGCCGAUGGCUGGCUUUGAUUUGUUUAGUAUGCGUUCUUUGAUCAUUCGUUAUGAUUCAGUUAUUGACUCAAUUCACAAACAACGUCAUUGCUGCCAAGAUUGUGGUAUUGGAUUUAAAGACCUUUAUGGUAAAGCAUAUGCAGACCACAUGGAUAAGCAUAUAGAAAUGAAGAGUGCUAAAUCUAAGCCAAGAUCACAAACAUGGUUUAUGUUGGCUGCUUGGUUCAAAUAUUCUGAAUAUGACGAAGUCAACACAAUUAAUGUUGCAAAAGGCGAUAAAUCCCAACAAAGACAAUCUUCUCCUGGUGGAACUAAUGAUUUAAACAGUAAAGAUGCAACAUCCUCAUCCCAAGGUGGCCAACAAUCCACAAAUGAUAAUGCGGGUGGAGUUGAUGCUGACUCUGUUGAAAAUAAAGAAUGUUGUGUAUGUCAUGAACGAUUUGAAGAGUAUUGGGUAGAUGAUGAGGAUGUGUGGAGGCUUCGCGAUUCUGUUGUUGUUGAUGGAAAGGCUUUUCACACGUAUUGCAGAGACGAUGCAGCAGCAAUGUCAUCAUCAUUUGCAACAAUUAAUGAUGACAAAUGA